AUGUCCCUCCCUCGUCUCUCUCACUCGCUCCGGACGGCAGAGUCCCUGCUCACUCGAGCACCGCCCGCUCGUUUCCUCCCCCGACGAACCUUCACGCAGUCCGCCGUAUCCAGACAGCAACAACCACCCCGACCAGCAGCUCCCAACGGCAGCUCCAGCACGCCCACCACCCCCAAACCCACCUCCCCGGCACCCUCCCCCGCCGAAGAGCGCGCCGCACGCAUCGUCGCCCAGACGCCGUCGCACCAGACGACGGCCAACAUCUCCAAGACCGGCCUCUCCGACAAGCCGCUGGAGCUGGACGUCUCCGCGGAGGAGAAGAUCGACUGGACGCGGUCCUUCCACGGGCUCAGCGCCGCCCCCUUCCCCAAGGAAGCCGCCGACAUCCUCCUGGCCCCGUGCGACCCCGCCGAGGUCGAGAUCAAGCCCGACGGCAUCCUCUACCUGCCUGAGAUCAAGUACCGGCGCAUCCUGAACCGCGCGUUCGGGCCCGGCGGGUGGGGGCUCGUGCCGCGCAGCGAGAGCAUCGUGACGCCGAAGACCGUGACGAGGGAGUAUGCGUUGGUGUGUAAUGGACGACUCGUGUCGGUCGCUCGUGGCGAGCAGGAUUAUUUCUCGCCCGAUGGCAUUCCCACCGCCACCGAGGGGUGUCGGUCCAAUGCGCUCGUCCGCUGCUGCAAGGACCUGGGCAUUGCCAGCGAGCUGUGGGAUCCGAGAUACAUUCGCAAGUUCAAGGCUGAGCAUACCCGCGAGGUGUUUGUGGAGCACGUCCUGAACAAGAGGAAGUCCAAGAUCUGGGUGCGCAAGGAUGACCCCGUGUCGUAUCCCUGGAAGGAGUCGAAUUCGCGGUAAUUGGCGGGUUGUUUUUGUCGAUAUGCCAUUCUGUAUCUCACUUUUACGGGAGGUUUUUUUCCUUCCUCGGAAGUAAACAGCGUCGGGAUGGACGCUUGUAUGUACUAUAGCCAUCAUCUCAUACAAUAUCUCAUUGUCAAUGC